UCUUUUUUUUUUCUUCCGAUCUCUCUCUCUCUCUGUGUGUGUGUGUGUGUGUGUGUGUGUGUCAACUGGUUUGUGAAUUGUGGUUAUUAGUUGUUUCUACGAUGAUCACUACUAGGAUCCUAGUUGCUGUGUGAUUCUAAUGUUUGUGAUUAUGAGUACAGUUAUUUCUUUUUCUUAUAUACAUAUGUAUAUACAUAUAUAUAUACACAUACAUAUAUAUAUGUAUACGCAUACAUAUAUAUAUGUAUACACACAUAUAUUAUAUAACUCAAAGAUAUGUCGUUGUGACGAAAAUAUAAUUCUGCAUCAUACAUGUGCCAUGGAUAUUUUGAUCUUUCCUUUCAGCACGAAUAUUCCUAAGAUACGGAUACAUGUUCCAAUACGGAACUGUGACAUUGUUGACUGUUUGAGAGGUUCACAGUCCUCCAAACAAUACAGCUGGACAAAGUGACAGCAGUGUGUAACUUCAUGCAUGGGUACUCUUGUGUGUAUCGUCCCUAUCUCGACGGGGAUCUUUAGUGCAACAUCUGUACUAAGUCGUUAUAGGAUGAUAACCAAACAAGAGAACACAUGAGGACCAUAAAAUUUGGGAGAUCAUGCAUUAUUCAGCACGGACAGUGUGACAUACUUGAGGUGACUGCGGAGAGGAACACCGUUCUUCACGUGGCUGCGGAGCAAGGGCACGACGAGCUGAUCCGGGAGCUCUACAUCAGGUUCAGGGAGGAGGGCCUCCUCUCUCGCCGGAACUCGGCGCUGGACACGCCGCUGCACUGCGCGGCGAGGGCGGGGCACGCCAGCGCCGUCGCGGUCCUCGUCCAGCUGGCCCAGGACCGCGGGGAGAGCAUCCUGGGAUGCAAGAACGAGGCCGGGGACACGGCCCUGCACCUCGCGGCGAGGCGCGGGCAUGGCGCGGCGGUGGAGGCCCUGGUCUCGGCGGCGGCGGCGGAGACGGCGGCGGCCGAGCUGAACAACGCCGGCGUGUCGCCGCUGUACCUGGCCGUAAUGAGCGGGUCGGUGCAAGCCGUCAGAGCGAUUACUACCACGUGCAGGGACGCGUCGUCUGCCGGGGCGAGCUCGCAGAACGCUUUGCACGCUGCCGUCUUCCAGAGCUCAGAGAUGGUUGACCUGCUACUGGAAUGGAGGCCGGCUCUCGCCGGCGAGGUCGACAGCGGCGGCGGCACCCCGCUCCAUUUCGCGUCGUCCAACGGCGACCGCGCCGUCGUGCAAGCGAUCCUGCUCGCGGGGCCACCGGGAACGGUGUACAAGAAGGACCACCCGGGCGGCCUCUCGGCCCUCCACGUCGCGGCGCGGAUGGGCCACAGCCGCGUCGUCGAGGACAUGCUGGAGGCCUUCCCCGACGCCGCGGAGCUCCGCGGCGUCGACGGCGGGACCUUCGUGCACGCCGCGGCGAGGGAGAAGCGGUCCAAGGUCGUGGCCCUCGCCAUCAGGAACCCCAUGCUGCGGGGCCUCCUGGACGUGCAGGACCGGGACGGCAACACGCCGCUCCACCUCGCGGUGGCCGCGGGGGCGCCCGCCGUCGCGGAGGCCCUGCUCCAGAAGGGCAAGGUGCGGGCGGAUGUCCUGAACAACGACGGGCGCACGCCGUUCGAUCUCGCCGCAGGAUCGACCAGCUUCUUCACCAUGGUGAGCCUGGUGGUGACGCUCGCCGCGUUCCGGGCAAAGCUCCGGCCGCAAAGGCAGGACCACGCGGAACCGUGGAGCGGCCGCGAUGUCGGGCGGUGGAUAGAGAAGAUGUCCGACCCCCUCUCGGUGGUGGCCGUGCUCAUCGCCACCGCCGCGUUCGCCGCCGGGUUCAACCUGCCCGGCGGGUACAGCGACGACGGCAAGGCGAACCUCUCGGGCAGCUUCGCCUUCAAGAGCUUCCUGGUCCUGGACACCGUUGCCGUGGCGGCGUCCGUGACCGCGGUGAUCCUGCUCGUCUACGGGAAGGGGUCGCGCUCCGCCGGGUCGUGGAUGAGCUUGGCGGCGGCGCUGUUGUGCAUGUGGGUGGCGCUGAUCUGCCUGCUGCUGUGCUACUACUUGGCGCUGAGCUCCGUGACGAACACGAGGGCGGUCUACCGCUACGGGUUCAUGGUGAUAUACGGCGGCGUAUGGUUGCUGCAGGUCUGCAUCGAGACCUGGAUUGGGCUAGCGACGUCGUACUGCACGGUCUUGAGGUUUUUUCUGUUUCAUCAGCUCCGGCGAUUGAAGGGAAGACGUGCCGUCAAGCGGCGGUUUCCUCUCGCCGGCGCUUCCGUGCUCAGCUUCUAUGCGUUUAAAGUUAUAAGUUUCGUAGGGUUUGUCGUUUUUGGAUUCUUAAUUGAAUUGAAAGGGGAACUGGGCGCCUCACCUGCCCCCUCUCCUCUCUAGAGAGAAAAAAUGUAGCAGCUCUGAUUGGUUAGAGCCACUGCUAUACAUAUGAUCCUCCAUUUCUCAUACGAGUUAUGGUCGAAGAAGCUUGGUUUCUAGGAAACUGUAUCUGCAACAAUUAGUCUUCAAAAGGUGCGUAUAGGGGUAGGAUUGCGUGCGUAUAUUCACAGAGGUAGUCUGAGUCUGUGCUAUGUUUCAUAAAAGAACAAUAAGUGACACUGCAGUAUCUAAUGUUUAGAAUGUUUAUGAUAGACUGUAACCUUGAUU